AUGCCGACCAACCCUGAGUGCUGCACCCGUGCCUUUUGUAUGCCUACAGUGCUGUUGCUUUCAGUGGCGCUGAUAGUUCAUUUCCUUUGCAGGUUUCCUCUCACCAGACCUGACCUCUGCAAGAAAUGGGAAGCUGCUGUUAAAAGAAAAAAUUUCAAGCCCACAAAGUAUAGCAGUAUUUGUUCAGAGCACUUCACUCCCGAUUGCUUUAAAAGAGAGUGCAAUAACAAGCUACUGAAGGAAAAUGCUGUGCCCACGAUAUUUUGUUACACUGAACCCAGUGAGAAGAUAAAGACUGAAGAAUUUACAGAGCAACCUGAAGAUCUGUCUGCAGUACCACCACCCCCUCCACCACCACCUCCUUUGCUACCACCUGCUCCACCACCAUCUUCCUUUCCUGCGUCUCAAAUAGAUGCAAGAUUUGUAGAUCCAAGUGUUGGAUUAUUAAUGCCUCCUCUCCAGACCCCUAGUAAUCUUGCCGUUUUCUGUGAUCACAACUAUACUGUAGAGGAUACAGUACAUCAAAGAAAGAGAAUUCAGCAGCUGGAGGAACAAGUUGAAAAACUGCGAAAGAAGCUCAAGACAGCGCAGCAGCGAUGCAGACGUCAGGAAAGACAGAUUGAAAAGCUGCGAGAGAUCGUUCAGUUUCAGAAGGAAAAAGACAUAGUGGCAGGGAAAGGCUAUGUGAUUCUACCUAAUGAUUAUUUUGAAAUCGUAGAAGUACCAGCAUAAAAACAUGGACCUUAAUUUUAAAGGGGCAGUGUCAAAUAGCCUUUUCAGACUAACACGGAAGUUCAGUUUCAAAAGUAAUGCUCUCUAAUUGUGUGUAUUAAAAAAAAAAAA